AUGUCUUCUAUAACGAUGAAAGACGAGGACAGUGCACCCGAAACAACAGUGCGGGAAGAAUAUCCAGUGACAGACCUAGACCAAGGGAUUGUAGCUUGGGACAAUCAGGACGACCCUCUAAACCUAAGUCCAUUCGCAUCUUCGGUGUUCGCCCCUGCUGUAGCUGAUGCCAAUAAGGAUUUUCACAACACUUCAGAAAUCUUGGGCUCAUUAGGUGUUACUGCACAUCUAUUUGGAUAUUUUGCCGGGCCUCUAUUCCUCUCGCCGAUGAGUAAAAUUUAUAGACGUAGAUUGAUUCUCAACUACGCUACAUCAUUCUUCGUUAUGUUCCAGAUAGGCUGCGCCCUCGCUCGUAACCUAUCCGCCCUCAUCGUAUUUAGACUUCUCACGGGCAUCGGAGGGUCGGCUUGCUUGACAAUCGGCGGUGGCGUCAUAUCAGAUCUAUUUGAGCCAGAGCAGCGCGGUCUUGCUAUGUCCAUCUUUUCCUUCGGCCCUCUGUUUGGACCUGUUCUUGGACCAAUCUGCGGAGGGUUCAUCGCGCACGGAGCUGGAUGGAGAUGGGUGUUCUGGGUUUUGGUUAUCGUGGGUGGCACCUUUACAUGGCACCUUUACAUGCCAAGUGAUGAUAUUCAACCACGAGACCAACCCAGUGAUUAUCCUACAACGGAAAACAAAGACAGUGCGAAAGACGAUGAAUAG